GCCGCUUCCGCUUCCUGGGCACCGCUCCCCUGUGUCCCGGCCUGGCCCGGCCCGGCCCGGCCAUGGCCGAGACCCGCAUCGACCAGUCCAAGCUGCCCGGCGUCAAGGAGGUGUGCCGAGACUUCGCGGUGCUAGAGGAUCACACCCUGGCCCACAGUCUGCAGGAGCAGGAGAUCGAGCAUCACCUGGCGACGAACAUCCAGCGCAACCGCCUGGUCAAACACGACUUGCAGGUGGCCAAGCAGCUGCAAGAGGAGGAGGACCUGAAAGCGCGUGCUCAAAUCCAGAAGCACCAGAAAGACAUAGAACGGCAAGAUUGCGAGAUUGCCCAGGAAAUCCAAGUGAAACUGGUCAUCGAAGCCGAGCAGCGGCGCAGGCAGGAGGAGAAAGAUGAGGACAUGGCCCGCAUCCUGCAGGAGAAGUUGCUGCUGCAAGACAAGAAGCGGAAAAAAACAGAGCCGCAGGGACACAAGGCUUAUGAGGACAGCUACUAUGCAGAGAAUGGAGAUUGCACGCGGGACACCCCCCGAGGGCCAGCCUCCGAGCCCGCGAGGCCCCGCAGACCCCACAGUGGCAAUAGGCACCAGCACAGAGAGCAUCCCAGGGAAACUCAGGCUGUGCCGGGCGACGGUGCCAAGCUCAGGCAUCUGUCCUUGGAGGACUCUCACCCAGGAAGGGUAUGGGACAGCCUGCCGUGCAGCAGAGAGAUGCGGGAAAGGAAACCAGGGAGCCAGGAGAGGUCCAGACGACCUCACAGCCCUGGUCAGGACAGAGAGGCUGAAUACAUAGCCCUGGGGCACAGCAGGAGCUGGGAGCCCCCAGACAGGAAGGGAUGCAGGGAGGAGAAGACCUCCAGGCCACAUAGCCUGAACCUGGGCGCAGAGGCUGAGCCACGAGAAAAGAAGCCGUCGCAGCCAGACAGAGAGACGAGGCUUCCCAGCUUCAACGUGGACUUGGAAGUGGAGCAGGGAGCAUGGAAACACGGGAGAAAGCAUUCCCCACGCCCGGAAAGCCGCCGGGCCCAGCGCCAGGGGAUCCUGGUGCCCGCGGCUCCUCGUGACACAAGGCUCGGCAACUCUGAGGAGUCUCAGCAGCACGAUCGCAGGAGGGGUGAGGAGAGGGAGCAGAGGAAAGCCGGGCAUAGGCCCAGGGCAUCCCCUUCUCCCCAUGCCGAGACCCGGGAGCGGGGUAGAGACCGCUGCCGAGACCCAGGAAUGAAGCCGAGAGGGACGAAACAGGCAACCUACGACAAGCCCCGGCUGGAUCCCAGAGAACAGGAGCUGUAUGAUGCUGAGAUCGCAAGGAAGCUGCAAGAAGAGGAACUUCUGGCCAACCAGGUGGAUCAGAGGGCAGCUCAAGUAGCCCAAGAUGAGGAAAUCGCCCGUCUGCUGAUGGCUGAGGAGAACAAGAAGGUCUACAGGAAAUCAAGGGAGAGAGAGAAACCCUCUUACGAGAAGAAGAGGCAGGACCAAGACUGGAAGGAUCCCAGUGAAUCUGUGCGGCCAAGAUCGAGAGAGGGCCACGAACCCCAGAGGCAGAAGAAUGCACGGCCCCCGCCUCCCCUGGAGGACUUCGACCAGGCUUGUUUCCCAAGCCAACCCAGCGCCGGGCAUCAGCUUUGCAAACCCGAACAGUCUCAUAAAGGUCCCCAUCACAGGCAGUGACGAGCAAGACUUCGCAUUGGUACCGGUUUCCUUCUGCAGCAAGCAUGGCUGGAGUCCCAGGAGGCUGCCCUAGAGCUGUGUCCCCAGGAUCCCUCCGUCUCACGGGUCAUCACAUUAGUAUCUCGCAUCUCUCCCUGCUGGGCUGCCAGCUGCAGCACCACAGCACAAUGUAGUUGCUACCCCGUGGACCGGCGAUUCGUGCUGUGCUCAGCUAGCCGAUCUGCUAGCUCUCUAGAGUCUCUUACGUCCCUUGUUGCAUGAAGCUGCUGCUCUUGCAGGUCUCUCUUUCCGGGACAAAUGCAACUGGGGAAAGAUCCCAGGUGCAAGGCGGGUUACAACAAUGCAGGAACGCCACCAGAUGGGAGCCCUUUAGAUACGUGUGCAAGGCAAAGAUGACCUUUAGCUUUCUCUUCUAAGAGGCAGUGAUCAUCUCUCUGUGCCCUGCAUGAGAAACCCAGGCCAGACCUGUAUAAUGCAAGUUAAAUUG